GCCCGAAACCCAAUCCCUCUUUCCGCAGGCCAGGAGCAACAAGUACGGGAUCUGUACUACAAACGCGUGCGGACGAAGUGUGCGGAUGAAAUAAGAGAUUUCGCAUCUUGCGCCCUCAACCGCACCAUUAGCGCCACUUGGGCCUGCCGGCCGCAACGCCUCGCUAUGAACGCCUGCAUGGUGCAGCACGCGACACAAGCUGAGCAAGACGCCGCGCGGGAGGAUUGGUUCCUGGGGAUGGAUGCACGGCGGAAAGAACGCGAAGAGAAGGAAGCGAAGCGGAUUGAGCAGGAGAAGUUUCAUCGCGAGUGGUGGGGGCUGGAUGAGCGGGGGCGG